AUGAUGGGCUCGGUGCUGCCCGCCGAGGCCCUGGUCCUCAAGCCUGGGCUGAAGCCGCAGGGGCUCUCGCUGGCCGAGGUGAUCACCUCCGACAUCCUGCACAGCUUCCUCUACGGCCGCUGGAGAAACGUCCUGGGCGAGCAGCUCUUCGAGGAGAAGAGCAGCCCCAAGACAGCCUUCACGGCCGAAGUCCUGGCUCAGUCCUUCUCCGGAGAGGUGCAGAAGCUCUCCAGCCUGGUGCUGCCGUCGGAAGUGAUAAUCGCCCAGAGCUCCAUCCCCGGGGAAGGGCUCGGCAUCUUCUCCAAGACUUGGAUCAAGGCUGGCACCGAGAUGGGGCCGUUCACGGGCAGGGUCAUCUCCCCCGAGCAUGUGGACCUGUGCAAGAACAACAACCUCAUGUGGGAGGUGUUCAACGAGGACGGCACAGUGCGGUACUUCAUCGACGCCAGCCAGGAGGAUCACCGCAGCUGGAUGACCUACAUCAAAUGUGCACGGAACGAGCAGGAGCAGAACCUCGAGGUGGUCCAGAUCGGGAACAGCAUCUUCUACAAGGCCAUUGAGAUGAUUCCUCCAGACCAAGAGCUGCUGGUCUGGUAUGGGAACUCCCACAACACCUUCCUGGGCAUCCCAGGUGUGCCAGGGCUGGAAGAGGAGCAGAAGAAGAACAAACAUGAGGAUUUCCACGCGGUGGAGACGGGGGCCAGCACGACGGGGCGCAUGCGCUGCGUCAUCUGCCACCGCGGCUUCAACUCCCGCAGCAACCUGCGCUCCCACAUGCGCAUCCACACCCUGGACAAGCCCUUCGUGUGCCGCUUCUGCAACCGCCGCUUCAGCCAGUCCUCCACCCUCCGCAACCACGUCCGCUUGCACACGGGCGAGCGGCCCUACAAGUGCCAGGUUUGCCAAAGUGCCUAUUCCCAGCUCGCGGGGCUGCGGGCGCACCAGAAAAGCGCCCGCCACCGGCCCCCCAACGCCUCCCUGCAGGCCCACUCGCCCGCCCUGCCCGUGCCCCACCCUGCCUCCCUGGCCCAUCACAUCCCCACCAUGGUGCUGUGA